AUGAAGGGAACUGAUACCAUUGAUACUGAUGUCAAUGAUAACAUCAACAAAUAUCGAUUACAAAAGGUAAUAAAUCCAAAUGAUGAAGAUUUAAUAAAUAAGGGUGUUUGA